GCGGAAGCGCCCGCGGAGGGCACUACUGCCAGCGGUGCCGACCCGCCUCUCCUCCGCCGGGUACUGCCUUCGUCCAGCCGCGCCAGAUCCCGCGGGUCAGUGUCAUGUGACUUCUGUCUCAGACCACGAGCCUGAGCCUGCGAUCUCUGGUGAAGAGGGUCAGGUCGCCUGAGAAUCAGGGUCUCUUGUGAUAGGCCCAUCUGUGCUGUGUGCCAUGGUGGUACUGUGGGCCCUCGCUCUGGCCUUCGCCAUAGGCCUGGCCACUGCUGGCCCACCUAACAUCAUGCUGAUCUUUGCUGAUGACCUGGGAUAUGGGGACCUGGGCUCCUACGGGCAUCCUAGCUCCACCACCCCCAACCUGGACCAGCUGGCCGCGGGGGGGCUGCGCUUCACCGACUUCUAUGUGCCCGUAUCUCUAUGCACACCCUCCCGGGCUGCCCUCCUGACCGGCCGACUCCCAGUUCGGAUGGGCCUGUACCCUGGAGUUCUGGAGCCCAGCUCCCGAGGGGGUCUGCCCCUGGAGGAGGUGACCCUGGCUGAGGUCCUGGCUGCCCGGGGCUACCUCACAGGGAUAGCUGGCAAGUGGCACCUUGGGGUGGGGCCUGAGGGGGCCUUUCUGCCCCCCCACCAGGGCUUCCAUCGAUUCCUGGGCAUCCCAUACUCCCAUGAUCAGGGCCCUUGCCAGAACCUGACCUGCUUUCCGCCAUCCACCCCCUGUGAUGGCAGCUGUGACCAGGGCCUGGUCCCUAUCCCGCUGUUGGCCAACCUGUCCGUGGAGGCACAGCCCCCCUGGCUGCCUGGACUUGAGGCCCGCUAUGUGGCUUUCGCCCGUGACCUCAUGGCUGAUGCCCAGCGCCAGGGCCGGCCAUUUUUCCUGUACUACGCCUCUCACCACACCCACUACCCCCAGUUCAGCGGGCAGAGCUUCUCGGGGCGCUCAGGCCGAGGGCCAUUCGGGGACUCCCUGAUGGAACUGGAUGCAGCGGUGGGGGCUCUGAUGACAGCGGUGGGGGACCUGGGGCUGCUCGGAGAGACACUGGUCAUCUUCACUGCAGACAAUGGGCCUGAGACCAUGAGAAUGUCCCAUGGCGGCUGUUCUGGCCUUCUUCGCUGCGGGAAGGGGACCACCUUUGAGGGAGGUGUCCGAGAGCCUGCCUUGGCCUUCUGGCCAGGCCACAUCGCUCCCGGUGUGACCCAUGAGCUGGCCAGCUCCUUGGACCUGCUGCCAACCCUGGCAGCCCUGACCGGGGCCCCUCUGCCCAAUGUCACCUUGGACGGUGUUGACCUCAGCCCCCUGCUGCUGGGUACAGGCAAGAGCCCCCGGCAGUCUCUCUUCUUCUACUCGGCCUACCCAGACGAGGUCCACGGGGUCUUUGCUGUGCGGAGUGGGAAGUACAAAGCGCACUUCUUCACCCAGGGCUCUGCCCACAGCGACACCACUGCGGACCCUGCCUGCCACGCCUCUAGUCCUCUGACUGCCCACGAGCCCCCGCUGCUCUUCGACCUGUCUGAGGACCCUGGUGAGAACUACAACCUUCUGGGAGGCGUGGCUGAGGUCACGCCCGAGGCGCUGGAGGCACUAAAGCAGCUUCAGCUGCUUAAGGCCCAGUUUGAUGCUGCCUUGACCUUCAGCCCCAGCCAGAUGGCCCGGGGCGAGGACCCUGCCCUGCAGAUCUGCUGUCAGCCCAGCUGCACCCCCCGGCCAUCCUGCUGCCACUGCCCAGAGCCCCAGCCCUGACAGCACUGGUGCAGGCCAGCCGGGGCCCCUCGCCUGACCCGGGCACGUGAUGGUUGACUGCUGUGGUGCGGGUGUGUGGAGGCAGUUUGUACCUGAUAAUGCUAAUAACACCAGCUGGUACUUA